UGGCGUAAAGGCGCGGUGUUAUGGCGUCGGGAGCCGAUCAGUGAAUCUAACGUCCAGUAACGACCUGAAUAAAUAAAACAGCAUUGCCCUAAUAACUCACUAGUUAACUUGACAUCUCCCGACCAUCGGAAAGCCAAUUAAAUUGACCGAUAGCCACGUACAAUCGACAAGUGUGACCCACCCAUAACGCAACACAGACGUGUUUCUCAUGAGGUGCAAACGUGUAGCGUGGACUUGAAACGAUCUGGCCUUCGAACAAGUUCUAAAUACCAAUUACACAGUACUACUCAACAAAACUUUGUAGUUUACCACUUAAGGACAAUCAGCACUGCUGCAUCGUUAACUUUGGAGUCUCCAGGACGUUAGAAGGGUUAGUGGAGUGAUAUCGCAUGCGUCCAAACUCCAUAAACAAUUGUACAUUGGGGCAGAAUGGAAUCACCAAGUGACUUUCACUCGGAAAUCGCAACCUAACCUAAAGAUGAGACUCUGACACUCAUUGAAAAAGAGAAUUUUACAAUUUAUCAAUUGUAAAAAUUGUUUGAUAUAUUUUUUUUUAGCUGAUUUUUUUUUGAUAAAUAAGGAACAAUGUCGGCGAAUGCACAGUUUGCAAGCCCACCACCGGUGAUUAAUCUGCCGAAUAUGUCGGUGCCACCUCCUACCACACCGAAUUUAUCAGCACCACCACCCAAUUUAACGACCAUCAAUACCUCUGGAGGGUAUCAGCAUCGAUUUAAUAAUCAUAGGGAGGGACGGGGGUUCUUCAAGCCCUUCAGGCCUUAUCAUGCACCCAAAGUUAUUUCUGGGGGGCAGGACGCAUUGCAAGAUGAAUUCGAUGGGAAGAGACUGAGGAAAUCUGUUAUGAGGAAGACUGUCGAUUAUAAUUCGGCCAUUAUCAAGAGUUUGGAGAAUCGAGUUUGGCAGAGAGACUACAGAGAUCGACGUGCUCUCCAGCCAGAUGUUAUGUACUACCCCGACCUCCUCCCACCACCCAGCUACGUCGACAAUCCAAUAAAUGCUGUUACAACUCGUUUCGUUAAAACAGCAACAAAUAAAAUGCGUUGUCCUAUAUUUUGCAUGGCGUGGACACCAGAGGGUAGAAGAUUAGUCACUGGUGCCUCCAGUGGUGAAUUUACACUUUGGAAUGGAUUGACGUUCAAUUUUGAAACGAUUCUUCAGGCUCAUGACAGUCCAGUUAGAACGAUGGUGUGGUCACACAACGAGAGCUGGAUGGUCACUGGUGAUCAUGCUGGAUACGUCAAGUACUGGCAGAGCAACAUGAACAACGUAAAGAUGUUUCAGGCCCACAAAGAAGCGAUUAGAGGACUCAGUUUCAGUCCAACGGAUCACAAAUUGGCGACGUGCAGUGAUGAUGGAACCGUAAGAAUUUGGGACUUUCUACGGUGUCACGAGGAAAGAAUUCUCAGGGGUCACGGAGCAGAUGUGAAAUGUGUGCACUGGCACCCGCAGAAGAGUCUAGUCAUCUCGGGAAGUAAAGACAAUCAGCAGCCGGUGAAGCUGUGGGAUCCAAAGACUGGACAGUCUCUGGCUACUUUGCAUGCUCACAAGAGCACAGUUAUGGACGUUAAAUGGAACGAGAAUGGUAACUGGUUGGUCACAGCCUCCAGGGAUCAUCUGCUCAAGCUUUUCGAUCUGCGGAAUUUGAGUCAAGAGGUGCAGACAUUCAGGGGACAUAAGAAGGAGGCAUCCAGUGUUGCUUGGCAUCCCAGCCAUGAGGGGCUCUUCUGCAGUGGUGGAAGCGAUGGAGCUAUAUUAUUUUGGCAUGUUGGAGCUGACAAGGAAGUGGGGGCUAUCGAACAGGCUCACGAUAGCAUCGUAUGGACACUAGCAUGGCAUCCACUGGGUCACAUUCUCUGUUCAGGAAGUAAUGAUCACACGUCCAAGUUCUGGACGAGAAACAGACCUGGGGACUUGAUGAGGGAUAAAUAUAAUCUCAACACUUUGCCGGCUGGUGCUUGCGGAAUCGAUGAUCACGAAAUAGCUGAUGAAGCAGCAGUGAUACCGGGAAUGGGCCCAGAAGACAAAAUAAACACAGAUAUUGAACUGGAGGAGGAGAAUAAUGCGGCAGGAAUCACAGGAAUUCCUGGUUUAGACCUAGAUCAUGCCGUCGACGAGAGCAAGAAACUGGCGAGCAAGAAAGUCCCAUAUUCCAAGCCAAUUCCAAGAAAUUUCCAAGCCCAGUGGAACGAAAUGGAGGCUGAGGAUCCAGAGCAAGUCGAGGCACUGAAUGCCAUCGUCAAUCAACUCAUUGAGACGACCCCAGGCGCUGUGCCUCUCAAUGAAGUCACCCCAAAUGCUAUUAUUUUGUACGGAAAAAUGGUCCCUGUUGAACCGGGUUCCAAGCUAGCAGACGCCAUUCUCAGAGGAAACGACGCCAUCAACAAGCUGGUAACAGCUGGUGAAAUAGAAGAGCUAAAAGACGUCGCACUAACCGUCCCAGAGCCCAUCGAGGAUCCCGAGGACUUCCUCCAGGACGACGGUGACAUUGACUACUCCAAGGUCCCAGACAUUGACCUCCCGCCACCGCUCCCCUCCUCAAAAUUCGCCCAGAAUCCGGAGCUCCUCAAGGCACUGAACCGCGGUGGUAAACGAAAGUUCGAUCAAUUGAUCGGUUGGUCAGAGAGCAACGACAAAAACUCCCGCCUCCACCAGCCAGUCUUCGGGGGCUCGACACUGGAGGACUCCUGCAACAGCGACACAGAUCUCCGCCACAUGAUGCACUUAACAGGUGUCGACAUGGCGGCCUACCUGGCGCAAGACGAAGACCUCAGAAGAUUGAACAGCCUCGACAGAAUGAACAACAUCGGCAACAUGAACAUCAACAGCAUAAACAGGGACGAGGAUCUGCGCUUCGGUGGUGGCUCAAGUGGGCCCGGAAGGCCUGACUUCGACGGACGUAAUUCCUUCGGGGACCGGGACUUCCGGCCCAACGUCCCACCCCCCAACUUCAAACCCUCCAAUCUGGAUGGAGACAGCUACGGAGACAGUGACAACAGGCCCCGGCCUUGGGACGACGACAAUGACAACCGAAACUUCGACAAACGAGACAUGAUCUCUUCAGCCCUGGGAAAUCCACAGCUGGGCUCGUUAUCCCUGCAAAUGGGGGGCCUAUCGUCCGGUGUCAAUCAUCUCAACGCCAAUCACCACAAUAUGCAGAAUAUUUCACCCAAUAUGCCACCGACAAUGGGCCUUGCUGGCAAUAUGGGACUGAAUUCUUCUCUCCAAAGUAAAAGUAAUAAUCUUAUGGGCAGUGGUAUGGCCGAUGGUCUGCCCCCUCACAUGAUGCAUAUGCCCCCCAACUUUGGGCCCAAUGGGCCCAACGGACCCAAUGGAUCGCAAUUACCACCGAAUUUCAAUCCCAAUUUACGACCACCAAAUGGCAAUUUCCCUGGGAAUCAUCAGUUCAGGCCCAUGGGGCCCUUUGCACACAAUAAUUUUGGAAACUUUCAGGGCCCACCUGGUUUCAGAUGUCCCAAUCCCAAUAAUCCUCCCCCCAAUUUUGAGAGGGGUGGCUUCGGACCCAAUUUCAGGGGACAGAUGGGCGGCAGUGGUGGGGGCAGUGGUGGAUUCAAUUCGGGAUUUAAUAAUAAAAAUUUUGGAGGGGGCAACAACGGCGGGGGGAAGAGUGGGGGCAGGGGAAUGGGGAGGAGUAAUGACAAUAACAGGAGUAGUUACGGUGGGAGAGGGAGGGGAAGGGACGGCGAAGGGUCCAGGGGGUCCAGGGGGAGGGAUAACUAUUGAUCAUGAUUGGGGAAUUUUCAAUUGAUCAGUGAAGAGUGGAAAGUGGUGAUCGAUGGCUUUUUCCGUUCAUUUGAGGACUAGGAACAAAUGAAAAAGAAAAUGAAUUGAAUUGGACGGGCUUCUCUGCGUUUAAGAGGAAAAUAAAUUGUAAUAUAAAUUGUAAGAUUACAGUCGAUUUAUGAGUUUGAUUGUUUAAUUUUAAGUGAGAAUCAAUAAGUUUUCACGCAGAUGCCUUGGAAAUUAGGGGAGUUCCGAGGAUGUUUUGUGAGUGUGCACUGAGGGAUGAGUGAAAAUUCAAUCGAUUAAGAUGUUUACUUAAUAAAAUCGAAAGUAUAUCGAGAAA